AUGACUUCGCACAGACGUAGACAAAGUUCCAUAGAUUUUCACUCAGCUCUAACUGCAGCUGCAGAGUGUAAUCAUAUCGCCAACCUAUCACCAAUUAUUGAAAAGUUCCCGAAUGCAGUGACUGCAACACCUUCUAGGAAGAUUUUAUUCGGUUUUGAUGGUCGAAAGGAAUCAGAAUACACUCUUAAUUAUAUAAAAUCCAAGUUACUUAGAUCAGGUGAUCAAUUGUUCUUAGCAAAUGUUCUUCCAAUGCCAGAUGAAGAUGAUGAAACACACGAAGCUAAACUAUUGGAAUUGAAAGCACAUCGUGAUCAAGUGCAUCAUGACUUACGCCAGAUCUCUGAAGAACUCAUAAACUCUGGUUUACAUAUAACAACAACUGUAGUCGUUUUGAAUCAUGCCAACGCAAAGAUAGCGAUAUGUAGGAUAGCUGAUCACCAUGCUGUUGAUCUCAUUGUCGUCGGUGGUCAUGUUCGUCGUGGUGAUACACAAACACCAGGUACAUGCGCAAGCUAUAUUCUCAAACAAGCUCGAACUCCAGUUAUGAUCGUAAAGUCAAAAUCUUAGUGUAUUAAUUUAUUCGUUUGAAC